AUCAGGGCCAACACAGAGGGCCCCCUGGGCUGUGGGCUGCUAUGGUGCUAACGGCUCUUUCCUCCCCAGCCUUCAUCUGCUGUUGGAGCCCGUACUUCCUCUUCAAUAUCUUGUACAAUUUCAGCCUCCUUCCAAACACUAAGGAGCGUUCCUACGCCUCUGUGAUCAUUCAGAACCUGCCGGCCUUGGAUAACGCCAUCAACCCCCUCAUCUACUGUGUUUUCAGCAGCUUCAUCUGCUUCCCCGGUGGGGAGCAAAGAUCACGGGAUUCCAGAAUGACAUGUCAGGAGAGAACUGAGAGGCAUGAGAUGCAGAUUCUGUCCAAGCCAGAAUUCAUGUAG